GUCACCUGGCAAUUAUGUCAUGCAUAUUCAGAACAGAAACUUGACAAUUUUUUACAAAAGGGAAGUUCUGUAAGGUGGAAGGACAGGGUUGAAGGGAGGAAAAUUUGGACUGCCAAUACAAAACCUUGGUAUGUUGGAUGUCAACAGUAUAGUUCUGUGGCAGACUCUCUUUCCAUGAAGGUCUGGAUGGGGGUUGUAGAAUAGAGAAUAAUGGGUUAAAUGUCCAGAAUAAAUGACAUAAAAAAAGAGAAAAAAAAUAGAAUUGACAAUGAUAGGGUGCUGAAAUAAAGAGAAUAAUGGCCAACAUAAAUAAAGAAAAGGGGAUAUUGACAUAAAAAAAUUAAAAGAAUAAAGAAAUGAAGGACCCCAUCAAGACCCUCUUCCAUGAAAAACAAACUUGAUCCUAUUAUGAGUUCUGAUGGUUUACCUUGCGUUGAUGGCCUCACUGUAACUAUGAGAUAAUGAAUUGCAUUCAAAGUGUUUUCACUUCCUUUUUUGUUUGUCGAAUGCAUGUAGAGAUUUUCUGCCAUAUCUAUAAAAAUAUCUUAAUUCUCGCUAUAAUUACUAGUAUCAUACACCACUUACCAUACAACAAGUACACGCAUUUCCGUCGGUAAACCACUCCCCUUGUUAUACAGUAUUUUUCUGUAACAGUUUUCUACAGCCGAAAGAUUUGGAAGGUGCGCAUAAUUACAAUUCUUGUUUCUUAUUGUUUCAUCUGUUAUUCGAGCGGUGUUUACAAAACAUUGUUCGACUUGACAAUCACGAAAUUAACCAUGUGAUACUGAUUCCGCAUGCUUGAAACCAAUGUUUCGAUAAAGCCUAAUAAGAAAAACAUAUAGCACAGAAACUAAAAGAGACGAAACAGAUCAUCCCAAUCCAUAUAAGGUCAAAACUGGCAACAGAUAGGAAUCUUCUACAUUGAAAUUAGUAUCAAAUAAUUAUUUACUAGUACAUGUACUACUUUCGGAAUAACUAUCGUGAUUUUGGGUCUUCAAGACACUUCAACAUCGUCAUUAAUUUGAUCUUUUAACACUUUUUAUUCGAGCAUCACUAAUGAGUCUUUUGUAGACGAAACGCGCGUCUGGCUUGAUCUGUGAUGAGCUGUUUUAAAAGCUUGUACUGCUGCUGGAGGACAGUCAUUCUAGGAGAAAUCUACCCAGUCAGCAGCCUAUGCUGUUGUGUGUUAAGUCAUUUGAGUAGGCUUUUGAUAAUCUUAGACAGUUUUGAAUUCUACGCAUCUGCAAUAUUUCCAAUAUUUCUGAUUUCAAUGCGUUCAAAUUGUUACCUUUUGGUAGUAAAUGACAUAUUGUCAGAAGCCUCUGUUUCGAUCUUGAUAUGGCCUAAAAAGUUAAAAGCUAUACUUCAGAUUUUUCCAAUCGGGUCAAUGAGGUAUUGUACAAAUAUUUUCUACAUUCAAUCAAGAUUUGGUCAGGACAUUCCAGUAAGUGUGACUUAGUAAAUAAAAGAUAAGCUUCUUAGAACUUUGACAAAAAACUCAACAGUUGUGCAUGGCCAUGAGCGAACUGCCCGAACGUUUAAAAUGUCGAAAACCUGAGUGAGAACAGAGCAAAACUAAUUGUUUAUUGCAAGGGGUACAUAUGAUGACUUGUUUAUUAAGAUAUGGUCAUGUCAUUUUUGGCAUAAAAUUAUUCGUACGUUACACUCGAAUACGAAUACGAAUACGAAAGUUUUAUUUUGAUUCGGUUCACAUAUAACAAUACAAACAUAAGCUCUUAAGAGCUUUUUACCGAAUAUAAGGUAACACAAACACAACAUUAAAACACACAACAUGCAGACAGGAUAUAUAACAGCACAGUCAUAUCGAAAUACAUGCAAAGCACUUUUAAAAUACAUAUCUAACAUUAAUCUUGAUAAGCAUAGUUAUCAUAAAUGAAAAAAAAACAUUUAACAUUGGAAAGCAGACAAUCCUUUCUCAAAUAAUUUACUGUUAUUAACAAAUAAUAUGCAAACAAACAACUACGUGUACUUUUAAUUGACACACCGGAUACAAAUAAUUGUUAUGUAUAUGGAUGUAAACGAUUGAUCACUACACGUGCUAAUUAUGGGGUCGGGCCUAAUUAAAGGAAUUGUAGCAGUUGUAGCUAUUUUUCUUGGAUUAAUCAGUAUUCUUAUAGUGGCAUCGUAUAGUUACUUGGACUAUUACGAGUAUGGCUUGAAACGGCAGAAAUCUACAGGGAGUGUUGAUAAAUCAGAAGUGUACGAUGGAGGUAGACAUUUUAUUGGCCCAGAUUUUGAAUUUAAAGUAUUUCCAGCAGAUCUCCAUAAAGUUGAUUUAGACAACGCAAAAGUAUUUUCUUCUGACAAAUUGGAAGUUCAGGUAACAGCUCAUUUUCAAUACGCUAUAAGGAAGAAUGAAUUGAUCAGUCUUCAUGAUGCAUACGAUUUAGGCUAUAAAGAAGUCAUGAAGUCCAGUGCGUUAGAUGCUGUAAAGGGUGCAAUAACGGUAUACAAUGUCAGAGAAUUGAUUAACAACAGGUCAGAGAUUGAACAAACAGUUUGGAAAUCUGUCCGGGAGAGAUUAGGUGGAACCUGCUGUAACAGUUAUUGUGGUAAAACUAACCCCUUAUGUACAAAUUGUUUGACAGUUUGUUCACCGUCUCAUAGAGGACUGAAUGUUGAAGUUAAGUUUUUCCAGUUGGGGAGGAUACAGAUUCCAUCAGAAGUUGAGAAACAGUUUAUACGGGGAUCUACAUUAAAGGAACAAAAUGAGGAAGAGAAGUUAAAGCAGAAAGCUGUUAUCGUCAGGAAGGAAACGAACCAAAAGGUUGCGGAAAUAGAAAAUGAAGCCAAAGAAAUUAGUCAGAAUGCUACAGCACAGGCAGCCUUGAUACAAUCGAUUGCUCAGGCUAAUUAUACGGCUUUACUAGAGACGGCUAGGUCAGAGGGAUUGAAACAAGUUUUCUCAAGUUUACAAAUUACUCAACAAGAUAAGAAAAACAGUUUUGAUUACCUGAGGACGAUUCGUGGAUUGGAAAAACUUCAUCUCACUGUUGAUUACCAACAGAGAAUCGCUGGAAACAUAGGCUAAUCAAACGAACACCUGAGCACAGCAUUGUUGGAAACGAUUAAAUAAUUGAUGAAUCAAAAAGGGUUUUGAUUAGAAAAUGAAUAAAAAUAAAGUUUUUAUAAAAGAAAGCCUGUCACAAACGGCUAGAAAUGUAAAUGUUUACUUGCUUUGUGUUUGCUAAUUGGUUUAUUUGUUUUUGCUUUUGAAUACUUUUUUUUUCACCUGAGCUUUGAUUGAUCUUUAAAAGUUAACGUCUUCUUAUAAAAAUAUUUUUUAAUAGCACAAUUACAAAAAAAAAUAUUUUAAGGAAAUGUAUACCUCUUUAACUGAAUACGAAAUCUUUAUCAUUUAUUAUAAGGUUGAAGGUUGGAACUAUUUGUUCGCAUAUUUUGAUUUUUAGUGUUUAUACUCCUUUUUUCUUUGUGUAAAAAAAAACGUUUUUUGAGGGGACAAUUUUGUGAAUAUUGCAUAGUUUAAUUAUGAUAUGAUAUUGUUUGAAAAACUGUCAAGGACGUUAUGUUUAAAAAAUGAAGGGUGUGCAAUAUCCUCUGAUAACUGAGAUAUUCAAACUCAUGAAAAUUCUUUUAAUAUCUCAUUCAUUCCAUCUUAAUCCGAUUCAUUGUCUGACCCUUAAUUCACUAGAUUAAUUUGGCCCUAGGGGAAUAUGCACCACGUUUUAGAGCCUUUUGUCACAAAAAUAUGUGCUAGUCGUUGAUCUCAUUUCGUAAAUAUUUUAUUCAUUCUAUUCAAGAAGGUUUUUUUUGUAUAAAUUAAAAAAAUAGUAAUAUGGUUUUGUCCUUUCGCAAUAUUUUUCUCGCCGCUAAAACGUACAUCUUUAUUUCUACGACAAAUACUGUAUUUUGGUAUGCAUUUUAUCUAUAUCACAUCCUUGAUUUUUUUUCCUGCUUUUGCAAUUUGCCCUGUUAUUAACUUCAGGAUCAUGCUAAUCAAUGCUGAGCCGAUUUGUGCAGUUAUGAAGAUAACAAACGCUUCUUUAUAUUAAAGAUCUGAAAUACACUAGAAUCUUUACAUUUGAAUAAUUCACUGCAUAACACAUGUUAAAACUGUAAUGCUGGCCUCUAGAUGUCUUUACGCUAUUUUUGUAAUUGAGUUGCUUUCCAGUUGACGUUUAAUUCACAAUUUUUUAAAAUUCAUAUGCACUUUAGCGUUAUAUCUGUUUGAUAUUACAGAGUAUGAAACUUAGUUACGAUAAAAAUGUUCUUUUCCCUUUUA